CAUGUCAACUCUCAGAUGAUGCGCGAUGCCAUGAAUGGCCGAAUGGCACAAAGUGCUGCACAUGCAGUGCUAAUGCAAUAUGGAGCUUUCGCAGGCUGCGGAUGAGGAUCGCUUCAUCGUGGGCCUUCGGGCAGCUUUGGUCAACGGCUUCCAAGAGGCACGACGCACGCUUGCAAGCGUGAACGUCUCUGGAUUGUUUGCUUUGAGCUGUUUGGUUCGGCUCAUGCACUUGGACGAGGUGGGAGAUUGGAGACCUCAAGUGGCGUCACUGCUGGUAGACUUUGGUCCAGGUACCGACAGAGUGGAUCAAGCAGAAGAGUUCUUCGCAGAGCUUGCAAGACUUCCAUCAGGCUUGAAGAUCUUAACACGUGCCUUGAAGGCUUGGAACGUUCAAUGUGCUGAACAGCUCAGCAAAGAGCUUCGGGAGCUCCUGGUUAGCUCGGUCCUCCGUGAUGCCCCAACACCUCGCACAGCUCUCGCCGCGGUAACGCUAGGAGGCUUGCCUGGCCUACUUCCACCAGAGGCAUCAAAGAGCGUUUUGGAAACAGCAGACGAUGGAAGCCGGGACGAAGCCAUUGAGCUGAUGGCGAAAGGCCUCGCGCUAGAAUCGCAACGCUUCCUCGUGCAGCUCCGGCAGGAACACGGCCGAGCCAAAGCUGCUGCCAAGGCCGUACAGGUGUUGGGCCUUGAAGAAGAGUUUCCGGAUGCGGAGUUUCAUUGGAAGAAAGAAGCUUUGGAGUCAGCUAUUUGCAAAGGCCGAAGGGAGGCCAUGGUGGGCUUGAGCUGUCAGGAGUCGCGCUUGCAUUCUAGAUGUGUGCAAGGUCUUUUGGAGUGCAAUGAGGUGGAGUUGGCAGCAGAUUUGGGCAUGACCUGGAAUGUUGCCCUACCAGAACUAUCUGAAAAGUUGAAAGAGGCUAAAAUGAAGCGUGAGGCUGAGUGCUUUUCGCUUCCUGAAGCAGUGUCAAUCAAUCUGGUCGAGGACGAGGUGGCCGUGGGAAGAUUGUCCUUACUCUCGUCUACCACGUCAUCAACGACCAUUGGAUUUGAUUUGGAAUGCAACAUGGCCAGCGGUGUGCUUGAGCCUCAAAGACAGAUUCUUCUAAAGGUCUUGGUGGCAACCGAAGGUUGAUAGCGAAGGCUGAUCGCGAAGGCCAAACCGUUUGAAGAGAAACAUUGCUAUUUGGCUAUCACUUUUGAGGCCAACUCUUUUGCAGCUUGGAU